UGGCGCUGAGCCUCUCGCUGCCCGCUUGGGCUCCUGGUCUGCCGCCUCCAGGGAUCCCGGUCGGUGGGUGAGCAGGGACGGACUCCGGGGAGCCCCACGCACACGUGCCGCCCUCCUCCUCCCUCCGCCGGGCAUGGCGCCCCGAGACUGACCCCAAGAUUGGAAACUUGGAAGGGACGUUAAACGAAAAGGAUUGGCAAGUGACAAGAAGGGAAUUCCUGGGGCGGCUCCUGCCUGGACUUAAGUCCUAGAAAGAUGGAGAAGGAAGAGGAGGAAGGGCCUCGGGAGAUCCUGCUCCCGGACUGGCAAGGCAGCGGCUCACACGGCAUCACCCUCGACCAGACGGAGGAAGGCGUCUUCGUCAAGCAGGUCCACGAAGAUUCGCCCAUCGCCAAGACCGGCGUCGUCAAGGAAGGGGAUCAGAUUGUGAGCGCCACCAUCUACUUCGACAAUCUCCAGUCCGGGGAGGUGAAUGAGCUCCUGCGGAAUGUGGGCCACCACACGGUCGGCCUCCGGGUCCAGAGGAAGGGUGACCGCUCUCCGUUGCCAGGACAGACUUGGUCCCACGACGUCUUUGUCCCCCAGACGCCGGAAGUGGUUCUGAGCGGAGAUGACGAAGAGUAUCGGCGGAUUUACACGACAAAGAUUAAGCCCCGGCUCAAGUCGGAGGACGGCGUGGAAAUGGAGAUGGCCGGGGGCACCCAGAGCCGAACCAUCACCGUCACCAAACGUGUCACGGCGUAUACUGUCGACGUCGGUGGCCGCGAAGGCGCCAGAGACCUCGACAUCACCAGCCCGGAGUUUAAGAUCAAGGUCCCGAAACAUGAACUCUCUCACGUCUCAAAAGCCGAGUUUGAAACCGAGCCGGGGAAGAUGAUGACGACGACAACAACAACCACCACCACCAUAAAGAUCCCACAGAUUGAUUUGUCCGGCCGAACUGUCCAAGGAAGGCCUUCAGAGGUCACGUUUGCUGGACCGAGCGUCGAAUCGCCCUCCCAGAGGUUGGAGUUCGGCGUUCCCGACAUCCGCAUGGAACAGUCAAAGGUCCAGAUCUCCGGACCUCAAAUCUCUGGGCCUGGCCUGACCAUCACGAGUCCAGAAAUCAAUGGCAAGAUGAGUGGCGUAUCUGAUAUAGACUUGAAAGCAGGGGUUCAAGGAGGUGACUUGCCCCACGUUGGGCUCGCCGGGCCCACAGUCCAAGGGGACGUGGGCAGGUGGGAGGCAGGUUUGUCCCCAACGCACCUCAAGGGUCCUUCAGUUGACAUCUCGGGCCCCCAAAUCCAAAUCGGUGGAAUGAAAGCUCCGGACAGUCCAGGAAGCCUCUUGUUUCCUGCCAUGAAGAUGCCCAAGUUUGGGAUCGGGUCCCCGGUUUCGGAUGUUGAGGUUCCUCAGCUCGACGUUUCUGCUCCAUCUGUGACAGUCAAAGGUCCCGAAGGAUCUUUCAAAGGUCCUAAAUACACGUUGGGAGGUUCUGGAGACAUCCACCUGAAAGGGCAUGAUUUGAAGGAAGGUGUGAAGGUGACCUCCCCAACGUUGGAAGGCCCCAAGGUGGACUUCAGAGGGCCCAAGGUGGGUUUUGUGGAGCCAGACAUGGGAGAGGGGAAAAUCAAAUUGCCCCACAUGAAGCUGCCAAAGUUUUCUGCAUCGGGUCCCACCAUUGAUGCGAGUGCUCCAAAAGGUGGGAUUGAGGUCUCGGGGCCUCAAAUGGACAUCCAAGCCCCAGAUGUAGCUCUUGAGGCCCAUGUCAAAGGACCCAAAUUCGGCCAUCCCGAAGUGGUCAGUCAGAUCCCCAGCAUCUCUAUGUCGGACGUUGACUUGAGCCUCAAGGGCCCCAAAGGAGCCAUGAAAGGACCUGAUGUGGGCAUUAAAGGUCCCAAGCUGGACGUUAAAGCUCCAAGUGUAGGCUUCAAAGGUCCAGAUGUUUCCAUGCCAUCCUUGGAAACAUCUCCCAUAAAAGUCACUGUGCCAGAUGUGGACUUGAAAGCGCCGUCACUGAAAGGCGACAUGGACAUUUCCGUGCCAAAGCUAGAAGGUGGACUCAAGGGGACCCAAGUUGGUAUUAAAGGUCCUCAAUUAGAUGUAGCUGCACCCAAUGUUGGCAUCAAAGGCCCAAGUGGACAACUCAAGGGUCUUCACAUCAAGGCACCACAAAUCUCAAUCCCAGACAUUGACCUCAACGUGAAGGCUCCUAAAGUCAAAGGGGAUUUGGGUGUUUCUGUCCCCAAAGUGGAAGGAGGGCUCAAGGGCCCCGUCGUUGACAUCAAGGGCCCCAAUGUGGACUUUGGAGCACCGGGCGUGGAUCUUCACGGGCCUGAGCUCAAGAUGCCCAAAAUGAAACUGCCCAAAUUUGGCAUCCAAGGGGAAGUCCCCAACGUCGAUGUGAGUCUUCCAAAAGGCAGCGUCGAUAUCUCCGGUCCCAAAGUUGAUGUUGAAGCUCCCACUUUUGGUAUCAAAGGGCCGGCGGGACACCUCAAAGGUGGCCCCCACGUCAACGUGCCCGAAAUGCACGUCAAGACCCCUCACAUUACCAUACCAGACAUUGACCUGAACUUGCAAGGCCCUAAUCUUAAAGGAGAUGUAGAUGUUUCCCUUCCAAAGUUUGAAGGAGGGAUCAAGGGCCCCGCUGUUGACCUCAAGGGCCCCGAAGUAGACCUCGGAGCCCCAAACGUUGAGUUCCAUGGACCUGACUUCAAGAUGCCCAAAUUGAAGAUGCCCAAAUUCGGCAUGCCAGGCUUCAAAGCAGAGGCCCCUGACGUCGAGAUCGGUCUUCCAAAAGGCAGUGUUGACAUCUCAAGUCCAAAGGUAGCUGUUGAAGGACCCAGACUGGGCCUUGAAGGGCCCAAAAUCUCAGCCCCAGAUGUGGACUUCAGCCUGAAAGGGCCCAAAUUCAAGGGCGAUGUGGAUAUAUCUGUGCCAACAUUAGAAGGUGGGCUCAAGGGGCCCCAUGUCGGUAUUAAAGGCCCUCAACUGGACAUAGAUGCACCCAACAUUGGCGUCAAAGGUCCCGGUGGACAACUGAAAGGUCCUCAUGUCAAGAUGCCACAAAUCUCAAUCCCAGACAUUGACCUCAACUUGAAGGCCCCUAAAAUCAAAGGGGAUGUGGAUGUUUCUAUUCCAAAAGUGGAAGGAGGACUCAAGGGCCCCACCAUUGACAUCAAGGGCCCCAAGCUAGAUGCUGGUGCAUCAAAUGUAGGACUUCAUGGACCUGAGCUCAAGAUGCCCAAAAUGAAAUUGCCCAAAUUUGGCAUCAAAGGGGAAGUCCCUGAUGUCGAUGUGACUCUUCCAAAAGGUAGUAUAGACAUUUCUGGUCCCCAAGUCGACGUUGAAGCUCCCACUUUUGGUAUCAAAGGGCCGGCGGGACACCUCAAAGGUGGCCCCCACGUCAACGUGCCUGAAAUGCACGUCAAGACCCCUCACAUUACCAUCCCAGACAUUGACCUGAACUUGCAAGGUCCAAACCUCAAAGGAGAUGUGGAUGUUUCCCUUCCAAAAGUGGGAGGAGGACUCAAGGGCCCUGCCGUUGACCUCAAGGGUCCCCAAGUGGACUUUGCCGCCCCAGAUGUUGACUUCCACGGACCUGAACUCAAGAUGCCCAAGAUGAAGAUGCCCAAAUUCGGCGUCAAAGGUGAAGUCCCUGAUGUGGACAUCAAUCUCCCAAAAGGCGGCCUCGAUAUUUCCGCUCCCAAAGUUGACAUUGAAGGACCAGAGUUGGGCUUUGAAGGACCGGAAGGCAAGAUCAAAGGCCACCGGUUCAAGAUGCCCGAAAUGCCCAAGAUUUCCAUGCCAGACAUUGACUUGAACCUGAAAGGUCCUAGAGCGAAAGGAGGCUUCGAUGUUUCCGUGCCCAAAGUUGAAGGUGAUUUUAAAGGUCCUAGAAUUGAUCUUGAGGGACCGCAAUUGGAUGUCGACGUGCCAGAUGUUGAACUUCAUGGUCCUGAAGGAAAACUGAAGAUGCCCAAGAUGAAGAUGCCCAAAUUUGGGAUGCCAGGCUUCAAAGGAGAAGCGCCGGAUGUGGAUAUCAGUCUUCCAAAAGGUGGGAUCGAUAUUUCAGGUCCCAAAGUAGACAUUGAUGCUCCAGAGCUGGGAAUGGAAGGUCCUGAUGUCAACAUUAAAGGUCCCAAAUUCAGAAUGCCAGAGAUGCAUAUGAAGACUCCUAAAAUAUCCAUGCCAGACAUUGAUCUGAAUCUGAAAAGGCCCAAAGUCAAAGGAGAGGUGGAUGUUUCUGUUCCCAAACUGGAAGGUGGUCUGAAAGGCCCCGAAGUUGAUAUCAAAGGGCCAAAACUAGAUGUUGACAUACCCGACGUUGAUCUUCAAGGCCCAGAAGGAAAACUCAAGAUGCCCAAAUUCAAGAUGCCCAAAUUUGGAAUGCCCAGCUUCAAAGGAGAAGGCCCUGAGGUCGAUGUCAACCUCCAAAGGCCCGAUGUCGAUGUUUCCCUUCCCAAAGUAGAUGUUGAAGGACCGAGUUUGGACAUUGAAGGUCCUGAAGGGAAGCUGAAGGGGCCCAAGUUUAAGAUGCCCGAGAUGCAUAUCAAGGCUCCUAAAAUCUCCAUGCCGGAUGUAGACUUGAACUUGAAAGGGCCAAAAUGGAAAGGAGAUGUGGAUAUUUCUGGGCCAAAGAUAGAAGGGGACCUCAAAGGGCCUCACGUUGACAUUGAGGCUCCUCAACUGGAUGUUGAUGUCCCUGAGGUGGAACUAGAGGGUCCUGAAGGCAAAAUCAAAGGCCCCAAGUUCAAGAUGCCCAAACUGAAUAUCAAAGCUCCUAAACUCUCCAUGCCAGAUGUAGACCUGGGCCUGAAGGCCCCCAAAAUGAAGGGUGAAAUGGACGUCACCGUUCCAAAGGUCGAGGGUGAAUGGAAAGGACCCAGCAUUGACGUCAAGGGUCCCAAACUUGACGUUGAUGUCCCAGACAUUGACCUUGAAGGCCCAGAGGCCAAACUGAAAAUGCCCAAAAUGAAGAUGCCGAGGUUUGGAAUUCCCGGCUUCAAAGCCGAAGGCCCUGAUGUUGACGUGAGCCUUCCCAAAGGAGAGCUGGAUAUUGACAUGCCGAGUGUAGACGUUGAAGAUCCAGAAGGAAAACUCAAGGGCCCCAAGUUUAAAAUGCCAGAGAUGCAUUUCAAGACCCCCAAAAUCUCCAUGCCAGACAUAGACUUAAACCUGAAAGGACCCAAGCUAAAGGGAGAUGUUGAUGUUUCCGUCCCCAAAUUAGAAGGAGAGCUGAAGGGCCCCAACAUUGACAUCAAGGGACCCUCAGUUGACUUCAGUGCUCCUGACAUGGAUCUUCAGAGUGAAGGGAAACUGAAGAUGCCCAAGUUGAAGAUGCCACACUUUAGCGUCUCUGGACCCAAACUAGAAGGCCCGGAUGUAGAUCUGAACCUGCCAAAAGGAGACCUUGAUUUUGCUGGUCCAAAGAUUGACGUAGAAGCUCCAGACAUCGACAUUGAGGGCCCUGAAGGAAAGCUGAAGGGUUCCAGAUUCAAAAUGCCAAAACUGAACAUCAAAGCACCAAAGAUCUCCAUGCCUGAUGUUGACCUGCACCUGAAAGGCCCAGGAUCAAGAGGAGAGAUGGACGUCACUGUUCCGAAUAUUGAAGCUGAUCUCAAAGGUCUCAAAGUAGACCUUAAAGCCCCUAAUGUUAGCUUGGAAGGUCCUGAAGGCAAACUGAAAGGACCCAAGUUCAAGAUGCCCGAAAUGCAUUUCAAGACCCCUCAUAUCUCCAUGCCAGACAUCGAUCUGAACCUGAAAGGCCCCAAGUUGAAAGGAGAUGUCGAUGUUUCUCUUCCAAAAGUAGAAGGUCCAGAUGUGGAUAUCAAAGGGCCCAAACUGGACAUCGAUGCCCCUGAUGUUGAGCUCCAUGGCCCUGAAGGUAAACUCAAGAUGCCUAAGUUCAAGAUGCCCAAGUUUGGGAUGCCUGGGUUCAGAGCAGAAGGCCCAGAUGUGGACGUCAGCCUCCCCAAAGCAGACCUCGAAGGCGAUUUUGAAGGACCAAGUUUGGACAUUGAAGGCCCCGAAGGAAAAGUGAAAGCGCCCAGGUUUAAGAUGCCGGAGAUGCACAUCAAGGCUCCCAAAAUAUCCAUGCCGGAUGUUGACUUCAACCUGAAAGGUCCUAAAUUAAAAGGAGAUGUUGACGUUUCAGUACCAAAGCUUGAAGGUGACCUCAAAGGCCCAGAUUUUGAUAUCAAGGGUCCUAAACUGGACAUUGAGGCACCUGCUGUUGACAUUGAAGGCCCCGAAGGAAAGUGGAAGACCCCAAAGUUUAAGAUGCCUGAAAUGAACAUCAAAGCUCCAAAAAUCUCCAUGCCAGAUGUCGACUUCAACCUGAGAGGUCCCAAAAUCAAGGGUGAUGUCGAUGUUUCUGCCCCUAAGCUAGAAGGACCAGACAUAGACAUCAAAGGUCCUAAGCUAGAUAUUGAUACUCCAGAUGUUGACCUCCAUGGGCCAGAAGGGAAACUGAAGAUGCCCAAGUUCAAGAUGCCCAAAUUUGGGAUGCCCGGCUUCAAGGCAGAAGGGCCAGAUGUGGAUGUGAGUCUUCCUAAAGCAGACCUGGAUGUUUCCCUUCCAAAAGUUGACGUUGAGGCACCAGGUUUAGACAUAGAAGUACCAGAAGGAAAAGUGAAAGGUCCCAAGUUCAAGAUGCCCGAUAUGCACUUCAAGACCCCCAAAAUCUCCAUGCCUGACAUUGAUCUGAAUCUGAGAGGCCCCAAACUAAAGGGAGAUGUUGACGUUUCCGUGCCAAAGCUGGAAGGUGACCUCAAAGGCCCAGAUAUUGAUAUCAAGGGUCCUAAACUGGACAUUGAUGCGCCUAAUGUAGAGAUUGAAGGUCCCGAUGGAAAGUGGAAGGGUCCCAAGUUCAAGAUGCCCGACAUGCACUUCAAGACCCCCAAAAUCUCCAUGCCGGACUUUGACUUGAACCUGAAGGGUCCCAAAGUGAAGGGAGAUGUGGAUGUUUCCGUGCCAAAGUUGGAAGGUGAUUUGAAAGGUCCCAAUAUUGACAUCCAAGGACCGAAGCUAGAUGUAGAUGUUCCCGAUGUUGAGCUUGAAGGUCCAGAAGGAAAAUUGAGAUGCCCCAAAUUCAAGAUGCCAGAUAUGCACUUCAAGACACCUAAUAUAUCUAUGCCUGAUGUGGACUUCAACCUCAAAGGCCCUAAACUGAAGGGAGAUCUAGAUGUUUCUGUUCCCAAGCUUGAAGGAGGUCUGAAAGGACCAGACUUUGAUGUCAAAGGUCCCAAACUUGACAUUGAUGCUCCAGAUGUUGACCUCCAUGGGCCAGAAGGGAAACUCAAGAUGCCCAAGUUCAAGAUGCCCAAAUUUGGAAUGCCCAGCUUCAAGGGAGAAGGCCCAGAUAUGGACCUGAGUCUCCCCAAAGCAGACGUUGAUGUUUCUCUUCCAAAAGUAGACCUUGAAGCACCAAGCUUGGAUGUUGAGGGUCCAGAAGGAAAGCUGAAAGGACCCAAAUUCAAGAUGCCCGACAUGCACUUCAAAACUCCCAAAAUCUCCAUGCCGGACAUCGAUUUGAACCUGAAAGGCCCCAGGUUGAAAGGAGAUGUCGACGUUUCAGUUCCGAAAGUGGAAGGAGAUCUGAAAGGACCAGACUUUGACAUCAAAGGUCCCAAACUGGAUGUUGACCUUCCGGACGUCGAUUUGGAAGGACCUGAAGGGAAGCUGAAGGGCCCAAAGUUCAAGAUGCCCGAGAUGCAUUUCAAAGCUCCCAAGAUAUCUAUGCCCGACUUUGACCUGAGCCUGAAGGGACCCAAAGUGAAGGGAGAUGUGGAUGUAUCCAUCCCAAAAUUAGAAGGCGAUCUAAAAGGUCCUGACGUUGAUAUCAAGGGCCCCAAGGUUGAUCUUGAUAUCCCAGAUGUUGAGCUUGAAGGACCUGAGGGGAAAUGGAAGACCCCCAAAUUUAAGAUGCCUGAAAUGAACAUCAAAGCACCCAAAAUCUCUAUGCCCGAUUUCGACCUUAACCUGAAGGGACCCAAAAUGAAGGGAGGCGUUGACGUUUCUGUGCCAAAAUUGGAGGGCGAUUUGAAAGGAAUUGAUUCUGAUAUUAAGGGCCCCCAAUUAGACAUUGAUGUUCCCGAUGUCAGUUUAGAAGGUCCAGAAGGAAAACUGAAAGGACCUAAGUUCAAGAUGCCCGACAUGCACUUCAAGACCCCCAAGAUCUCCAUGCCUGACAUCGAUUUGAAUCUGAGAGGCCCUAAACUGAAGGGAGAUGUUGAUGUUUCGGUUCCAAAGCUGGAAGGUGACCUCAAAGGCCCAGAUAUUGAUAUCAAGGGACCUAAAUUGGACAUUGAUGCCCCUGAUGUUGAGAUUGAAGGUCCCGAUGGAAAGUGGAAGGGUCCCAAGUUCAAGAUGCCUGACAUGCACUUCAAGACUCCCAAGAUCUCCAUGCCGGACAUUGACUUGAACCUGAAGGGCCCCAAAGUGAAAGGAGAUAUGGAUGUUUCUGUGCCGAAGUUGGAAGGUGAUUUGAAAGGUCCCAAUAUUGACAUCCAAGGACCAAAGCUAGAUGUAGAUGUUCCCGAUGUUGAGCUUGGAGGUCCAGAAGGAAAGUUGAGAGGGCCCAAAUUCAAGAUGCCAGAAAUGAAUAUCAAAGCUCCAAAGAUCUCCAUGCCUGAUCUAGACUUCAGUCUCAAAGGUCCCAACUGGAAAGGAGAUGUCGAUGUUUCCCUGCUGAAAGCAGAAGGCCCCAACAUUGACCUCAAAGGCCCCAAGUUGGACAUUGAUGCCCCAGAUGUUGACCUUCAUGGGCCAGAAGGAAAAUUGAAGAUGCCCAAGUUCAAGAUGCCCAAGUUUGGGAUGCCUGGCUUCAAAGGGGAAGGUCCUGAGAUCGAUGUCAAUCUCCCGAAAGGAGAUAUUGACGUGUCUGCUCCAAAGGUGGACCUUGAAGGCCCUGAAUUAGACAUUGAAGGCCCAGAAGGCAAAAUCAAAGGCCCCAAGUUCAAGAUGCCCGAGAUGCACAUCAAGGCGCCUAAGAUCUCCAUGCCAGAUGUGGACUUCAACCUCAGAGCCCCCAAACUGAAGGGAGAUCUUGAUGUUUCUGCUCCCAAGCUUGAAGGAGAUCUGAAAGGACCAGACUUUGACAUCAAAGGUCCCAAAGUUGAUAUCGAUGUUCCAGAUGUUGACCUCCAUGGACCAGAAGGAAAACUCAAGAUGCCCAAGUUCAAGAUGCCCAAGUUUGGGAUGCCUGGCUUCAGAGGGGAAGGUCCUGAGAUCGAUGUCAAUCUCCCGAAAGGAGAUAUUGACGUGUCUGCUCCAAAGGUGGACCUUGAAGGCCCUGAAUUAGACAUUGAAGGCCCAGAAGGCAAAAUCAAAGGCCCCAAGUUCAAGAUGCCCGAGAUGCACAUCAAGGCGCCUAAGAUCUCCAUGCCAGAUGUGGACUUCAACCUCAGAGGCCCCAAACUGAAGGGAGAUCUUGAUGUUUCUGCUCCCAAGCUUGAAGGAGAUCUGAAAGGACCAGACUUUGACAUCAAAGGUCCCAAAGUUGAUAUCGAUGUUCCAGAUGUUGACCUCCAUGGACCAGAAGGAAAACUCAAGAUGCCUAAGUUCAAGAUGCCCAAGUUUGGGAUGCCUGGCUUCAAAGGGGAAGGCCCUUCCGUGGAUGUGAAUUUGCCCAAAGGAGAAGUGGACAUCUCCGCCCCGAAACUGGACAUUGAAACACCAGAUUUGGAAAUUGAAGGCCCAGAAGGGAAAUUAAAGGCUCCCAAGAUUAAGAAGCCCGACAUGCAUUUCAAUGUCCCCAAAAUCUCAAUGCCAGACAUUGACUUGAACCUGAGAGGCCCCAAAAUAAAGGGGGAGGUCGAAGGUGACAUCAAAGGUCCCAACGUGGAGCUCAAAGGACCAGACAUUGACUUGGAGGCACCAAAAAUAGACAUUGAAGCAAAGCCAAAGAAAUCGAGGUUCAAGCUUCCCAAAUUCAACUUUUCCGGCCCAAAGGUUCACACCCCCGAAGUUGACGUCAAAUUAAAGAAGCCAGAUAUUGAUGUUUCCGGCCCCAAACUUGACGUCCAAGGCCCAGAUGUUGACCUUCAAGCCAAAGGGAAAGGUCCUAAGUUUAAGAUGCCAUCCUUGAAUAUUUCGUCGCCUAAAGUCUCAGUGCCAGAUGUGGAGUUAAAUUUGAAAACACCUAAACUGAAAGGAGACCUCAAUGUCUCUUCUCCAAGCCUGGAAGGAGAUUUGAAAGGUCCCGACAUUGACAUAAAAGGCCCCAAGUUGGACAUUGCGGCACCAGAUGUUGACUUGCACGGACCGGAGGCCAAGCUGAAGAUGCCCAAGUUUAAGAUGCCCAAGUUUGGGAUGAAAGGGCCCGAGGUGGACGUAAACCUUCCCAAAGCAGAUCUUGACGUAAGAGGUCCCAAAAUGGACAUUGAAACCCCAGACUUGGAAAUCGAAGGCCCCGAGGGCAAAAUCAAAGGCCCCAGAUUCAAAAUGCCGGACAUGAACUUCGAGAUGCCCAAGAUCUCAAUGCCAGACAUAGACUUGGACUUAAAAGGUCCUAAGGUGAAGGGAGGUGUUGAUGUUUCUGUUCCAAAGUUGGAAGGGGACCUGAAGGGACCAGAUAUCGACCUCAAGGGUCCAAAGCUAGAUGCAAACCUUCCUGAUGUUGAGAUUGAAGGCCCAGAAGGGAAGUUGAAAGGUCCAAAGUUUAAGAUGCCCGACAUACAUUUUAAAACCCCGAAAAUCUCCAUGCCUGAUUUGGACAUGAAUCUGAAAGGCCCUAAACUGAAGGGAGAUGUUGAUGUUUCGGUUCCAAAGCUGGAAGGUGACCUAAAAGGCCCAGAUGUUGAUAUCAAGGGACCUAAAUUGGACAUUGACGCCCCUGAUGUUGAGAUUGAAGGUCCCGAUGGAAAGUGGAAGGGUCCCAAGUUCAAGAUGCCUGACAUGCACUUCAAGACUCCCAAGAUCUCCAUGCCGGACAUUGACUUGAACCUGAAGGGUCCCAAAGUGAAAGGAGAUGUGGAUGUUUCCGUACCGAAAUUGGAAGGUGAUUUGAAAGGUCCCAAUAUUGACAUCCAAGGACCGAAGCUAGAUGUAGAUGUUCCCGAUGUUGAGCUUGAAGGUCCAGAAGGAAAGUUGAGAGGCCCUAAAUUUAAGAUGCCUGAACUGAACAUUAAGGCUCCAAAGAUCUCCAUGCCUGAUGUAGACUUCAACCUCAAAGGUCCCAAACUGAAAGGUGAUCUAGAUGUGUCUGCUCCAAAGUUUGAAGGAGAUCUGAAAGGACCAGAAUUAGACAUCAAAGGUCCCAAACUCGAUAUCGAUGCUCCAGAUGUUGACCUUCAUGGGCCAGAAGGAAAACUAAAGAUGCCCAAGUUCAAGAUGCCCAAAUUUGGAAUGCCAAGUUUCAAGGCUGAAGGCCCAGAUGUGGAUGUAAGUCUCCCCAAAGCAGACCUUGAUGUUUCCCUUCCAAAAGUCGACCUUGAAGCACCCAGCUUGGAUGUUGAGGGUCCAGAAGGAAAGCUGAAAGGACCUAAAUUCAAGAUGCCUGACAUGCACUUCAAGACUCCUAAGAUCUCCAUGCCUGAUAUUGAUCUGAAUUUGAAAGGUCCCAAAUUAAAGGGAGAUGUCGACAUUUCGGCUCCAAAAUUGGAAGGUGACCUCAAAGGCCCAGAUAUUGAUAUCAAGGGUCCUAAACUGGACAUUGACGCACCUGAUGUAGAGAUUGAAGGUCCUGAUGGAAAGUGGAAAGGUCCCAAGUUCAAGAUGCCCGACAUGCACUUCAAGACCCCUAAGAUCUCCAUGCCGGACUUUGACUUGAACCUGAAGGGUCCCAAAGUGAAAGGAGAUGUGGAUGUUUCUGUUCCAAAAUUGGAAGGUGAUUUGAAAGGUCCCAGUGUUGACAUUCAAGGACCGAAGCUAGAUGUAGAUGUUCCCGAUGUUGAGCUUGAAGGUCCAGAUGCAAAGUUGAGAGGCCCUAAAUUCAAAAUGCCUGAAUUUAACAUUAAGGCUCCAAAGAUCUCCAUGCCUGAUGUAGACUUCAACCUCAAGGGUCCCAAACUGAAGGGUGAUCUAGAUGUUUCUGCUCCAAAGUUUGAAGGAGAUCUGAAAGGACCGGAAUUAGACAUCAAAGGUCCCAAAUUCGAUAUUGAUGCUCCAGAUGUUGACCUCCAUGGGCCAGAAGGAAAACUGAAGAUGCCCAAGUUCAAGAUGCCCAAAUUUGGAAUGCCAAGUUUCAAGGCUGAAGGCCCAGAUGUGGAUGUAAGUCUCCCCAAAGCAGACCUUGAUGUUUCCCUUCCAAAAGUCGACCUUGAAGGACCAGACUUGGAUGUUGAGGGUCCAGAAGGAAAGCUGAAAGGACCCAAAUUCAAGAUGCCUGACAUGCACUUCAAGACCCCCAAGAUCUCCAUGCCAGAUUUUGACUUGAGCCUGAAAGGACCGAAAGUGAAAGGAGAUGUGGAUGUUUCCUUGCCAAAAUUGGAAGGUGACUUUAAAGGUCCCAAUGUUGACAUCCAAGGACCAAAGCUAGAUGUAGAUGUUCCCGAUGUUGAACUUGAAGGUCCAGAUGCAAAGUUGAAAGGCCCUAAAUUCAAAAUGCCUGAAUUUAACAUUAAGGCUCCAAAGAUCUCCAUGCCUGAUGUAGACCUCAACCUCAAAGGUCCCAAACUGAAGGGUGAUCUAGAUGUUUCUGCUCCCAAGCUUGAAGGAGAUCUGAAAGGACCAGACUUUGACUUCAAAGGUCCCAAAUUCGAUAUCGAUGCUCCAGAUGUUGACCUUCAUGGGCCAGAAGGAAAACUCAAGAUGCCCAAGUUCAAGAUGCCCAAAUUUGGGAUGCCUGGCUUCAAGGCAGAAGGUCCAGAUGUGGAUGUGAAUCUUCCCAAAGCGGACCUGGAUGUUUCUCUUCCAAAGGUAGAUCUUGAAGGACCAAGCUUAGAUGUUGAGGGUCCAGAUGGAAAGCUGAAAGGUCCCAAAUUCAAGAUGCCGGACAUGCACUUCAAGGCACCUAAAAUCUCCAUGCCUGAUGUAGACCUCAACCUCAAAGGUCCCAAACUGAAGGGAGAUCUAGAUGUUUCUGCUCCCAAGCUUGAAGGAGAUCUGAAAGGACCAGAUUUUGAUAUAAAGGGUCCCAAAUUUGAUAUUGAUGCUCCAGAUGUUGACCUCCAUGGGCCAGAAGGAAAACUGAAGAUGCCCAAGUUCAAGAUGCCCAAAUUUGGGAUGCCAGGCUUCAAAGCAGAAGGCCCAGAUGUGGAUGUGAGUCUUCCUAAAGCAGACCUUGAUGUUUCUCUUCCAAAAGUAGACCUUGAAGGACCAGACUUGGAUUUUGAGGGUCCAGAAGGAAAGCUGAAAGGUCCCAAAUUCAAGAUGCCCGACAUGCAUUUCAAGACUCCCAAGAUCUCCAUGCCGGACAUUGACCUGAACCUGAAGGGUCCCAAGUUGAAAGGAGAUGUGGAUGUUUCCGUGCCAAAGUUGGAAGGUGAUUUCAAGGGUCCUGACUUUGACAUUAAAGGGCCGAAGCUAGAUGUUGACGUUCCCGAUGUUGAUCUUGAAGUUCCUGAUCCAAAGUUGAAAGGCCCUAAAUUCAAGAUGCCAGACAUGCAUUUCAAGACACCUAAAAUCUCCAUGCCAGAUAUGAACCUGAACCUGAAAGGACCUAAAGUGAAAGGUGAUAUGGAUGUGACCAUCCCAAAGCUGGAAGGAGAUCUAAAAGGUCCUGAUAUUGACCUGAAAGGUCCUCAGAUAGAUCUUCCGGAGGUUGAUAUCGAAGGACCAGAUGGAAAACUGAAAGGCCCCCGGUUUAAGAUGCCUGAGAUGAACAUCAAAGCUCCAAAGAUCUCCAUGCCAGAUAUGGACUUCAACUUGAAGGGCCCCAAAGUGAAGGGAGAUGUUGACUUGGAUGUAUCCGUCCCCAAGAUUGGUGGUGACCUGAAGGGACCAGACUUUGAUCUAAAGGGUCCCAAAGUGGAUGUUUCAGUACCAGAUGUGGACUUGGAAUGUCCUGAAGGAAACCUGAAAGGGCCGAAGUUCAAAAUGCCCGACAUGCAUUUUAAGACUCCCAAAAUUUCAAUGCCAGACUUUGACUUGAACCUGAAAGGUCCCAAGGUGAAAGGAGAUGUCGAUGUGUCAGCACCCAAGUUGGAAGGUCCUGAUUUUGACAUCAAAGGACCAAAACUAGAUGUAGAUGUUCCAGACGUUGAGCUGGAAGGUCCAGAUGGGAAAUGGAAAGGCCCGAAAUUUAAGAUGCCCGAAAUGCACAUGAAAGCGCCCAAAAUCUCCAUGCCUGAUGUCGAUCUCAACCUGAAAGGACCACAGAUGAAGGGCGACAUUUCUGGGCCAAAACUCGAAGGAGAUUUCAAAGGCCCUGAAAUUGACAUCAAGGGUCCAAAGUUGGACAUCGAUGCUCCAGAUGUGGAUCUCCAUGGUCCAAAGAUGAAGUUACCCAAGAUGAAGUUACCCAAAUUUGGCCUGUCUGGAUUCAAAGGAGAAGGACCUGACGUUGAUGUCAAUCUACCCAAAGGAGAAUUGGAAUUCUCUGGCCCCAAAGUCAACGUUGAAGCUCCCAGUUUGGAUGUUGAAGGACAGUUGAAAGGCCCUAAUGUCACAAUGCCCGAAAUGCAUUUCAAGACCCCGAAGAUAUCCAUGCCGGACAUUGAUUUGAAUCUGAAAGGACCCAAGGCCAAAGGGGACAUCAACCUCAAAGGCCCGGAAAUGGACCUCGAAGGUCCAGGGAUUGGUGUCAAAGGUCCGAAUAUUGACUUGGAGUGUCCAGAUGUGAAUGUUGAAGGUCCCGAAGGAAGCGUCAAACUCCCGAAAUUUAAGAUGCCGAAAUUUGGGUUCGGAGCCAAGAGCCCCAAGGCGGAAGUGAAGUCUCCCAAUUUGGACGUCUCUCUUCCGGAAGGCGAACUGAACCUCGAGUCGCCCGACGUGGCCCUUUCCGCCAAAGGGAAGAAAAGCAAGUUUAAGAUGCCGAAGAUCCACAUGAGCGGGCCCAAAAUCAAAGGCAAGAAGGCCGGCUUUGACGUGAGCGGAGAGAUGGACACCGGUAUGAAAUCGCCCGAUUUGGAAGGAAGCAUCUCCGUCCCCGAAGCGUCCCUGAAAGGAGAUCUGAACGUCAAGUCGCCGAAGGGGAAAUCCGUUUUCGGGAAGCUCUCUUUCCCCGACGUCGAGUUCGACAUCAAGUCUCCCGUGUUCAAGGCCGACGCUUCGUUGCCCAAAGUGGAAGGAGACAUCAAGUCGCCGGACCUUGACAUUACGGUUCCCGGAGGAAGUGCCAGCCUCCCUGGCGUCAACAUCGGAGGUCCCGACGUCCACCUGAAGAAGCCAAAAUUCAAUCUCUCGGGCGGGAACGUUGACUUGUCUGGCCCCAGAUUGGAAGGCGAUGUCCAAGUGCCCAGCUUUGAUGCCAAACUCAACACUCCAGACGUCAACCUGAAAGGCCCCUCCGUCGAUAUCGCCGCUCCAUCCCUCUCUGCCCCAGAAGUGGAUCUCAACUUGAAAGGACCAAAGAUAACGGGCGAUGUUGAGCUUCCUCAAGCAGAACUGCAUGGUCCAGAAGGGAAGCUGAAGUUCCCCAAAUUCGGCUUGCCGAAGAUCGGGAAACCGGGAGUGAAGUUGGAAGGGCCCGACGUCAACCUGCAAGGACCUUCUCCCUCCGCGAGCAUCGAUGUCUCAGGCCCAAGUUUAGGAGGCACUGGCGAUUUCAGCUUUAAAGGACCAAAACUAGGAGGAGACUUGGGUCUUUCCGGUGACGUGAAAGGCCCGAAGGUCGGUUUCGGUGGUCCAGAUGUCAACAUCGGCGGUUUCGAAGGCAAGCUCAACUUGCCAAAGUCUCCAGGUCUAGACGUCAACGUAAGCGCUCCGGACCUUGACGUGAAAGGACCGGCGGUGAAAAUGGGCUCUGCUCCUGAUUUUGAUGUGAAUCUCAAAGGACCAAAGGUGAAGGGAGAUCUCGGCUUUUCUGGUGGCGUCUCAUCCCCAAAGUUUGAGGGGCCUCAAGUGAACUUAGAAGGCGGCGGCGGCGGCGGCAUGAUCAGACUUCCUUGCAUGAAGCUCCCCCAGUUUGGCAUCUCCAGCGAAGGCGAAGGAGUCGGCAUUUCAGGACCCGGCGUCGAUUUCCAGGGGCCGAACCUUUCCGCCCCAGACUUCGAUUUGAACCUGAAAGGACCAAGUUUGAAAAGUGAUGUGAAAGUGGGCACGGCGGGAGUGAAGAUGCCCGGCAUGAGGUUCGACGCUGAAGCGCCAGAUGUCAGCUUGCGGGGACCGUCCCUCAACGUUUCCGCUCCCAAAGUUUCCGGGCCGGACUUCGACAUCAAUUUGAAAGGGCCUAAAAUCAAAUCUCCAGAAUUCGACGUCGGCGUCCAAGGGACGGGAGACCUCCACGUUUCCGGACCAAAGGGAGGACUCGACGUCAAAGGUCCACACGGCCGUUUGGAAAGCCCGUCUGGGAAAAUCUCAUUCCCGAAGAUGAGGAUGCCCAAAUUUGUUGUUUCGGGGCAGGAGGCGACCGGGAGGGAAGUCGGGGUUGAUGUCGAGUUCCCGCAGGCGACCGUCCUUGCGAAUGUCGAGCUGGAAGAACCCGAUUUGAAGCUGAAGAAAUCCAAAAUCAAGAUGCCCAAGUUUGCAUUCUCGAAGCCAAAAGCGAAAGGCGGAGAAGUGUCCGGAGGAGAGCUGAAGGCCAGCUUGGGCUCCUUGGAGGGUGACGUCGAGGUCGGCGCAGAAGCGUCCGCCGCCUCGCCCAAAGGGAAAUUCUCCUUCUUCAAGACCAAGAAGUCCCGGCACCGCUCCUCGUCUUUCAGCGACGACCACUCCUCGCAUUCGACGCCGACCGGCACUUUGGAGCACGAAGGGGAGAAAGGCAAGCACAGCGCCAAGCUCAAGUUCGGCACCUUCGGCGGGAUCGGCUCCAAAACCAAAGGCUCCUACGAAGUCACCGGGAGCGACGACGAGAAGACGGCGUCGUUGGCGUCCAAGAAAUCCCGCUUGUCCUCGUCUUCGAGCAACGACAGCGGGACGAAAGCCGGCUUCCGGGUGCCGUCGGUGGAGCUGACGGUGGCCAAGAAGAAAGAAUAAAGCGCCCGCGUGUGUUUCGUGUACAUAUACGGCCUCGGUGUAUAUAGAAAACAACACAUCUCUUUCCACCCCUUCCAUCUGUGUGUAUGUAUAUAUAUAUACAUUUCCUCGCUUGCAAUACUCGGCAAAACAGUAGGCCUCAUAGCCAGAAAUCCAAUGUUUUUUUUAAUAGAGUCUACUACUGUUUUCAACAUAGAUACAGCUAUGCAAGACCAAAGCCGUCACGAGAAGUCAGGAUAUUAUUUUUCAGAAUAAACUGUGAGAUGUGCCAAUUAUUAUUACUACGUAUUUCUUAAGUUUCGAAGUGGGGGGCUUCUGGUUCAGUGAUCAAUAUCAAUUGGGAAUAAAUCCAUAGAUUUGUACUUUUUAAGUGUCAAAGCGGCCGUCCGAAGGGGUGCUUUUGGUUCCGAUUAUCGGUUGGAAAUAUAAAUCCUAUAGAUUUCUAAGAGGAAAAGUCUCGAAUUAUGUGAUAUUUUAAAGCUGUGCCAAUAAAUACAAUAAAAUAAAGGGGUGUACAGGUCUUAGGAAUGCAUUUUUCGGCUUUGGGUUUGCGCUUUGUCUGCCGAGAGCUUUAUUGUUUACUUACCGCCCGCUUUUUAAAAACAUUAUCUUUUAUUUCUUCCCAAUUUUGCAAAAUCUCUGGAUUGACAGAAAUGUGUCCUUUUUUGGCUUUUGGGAGGAGGGAGUGACAUGGUUAUCAUGGGGAAAAUGGAUAUAUUAAAAAAGAGGGAAAAAAAACACUGUAAAAUAUAUUGAGGCAACUGAGAUACACCAAAUUUGGAGACUUGAAAUGAUUCAAAAAUUUCCAAUUUUGUAUUCGCUUUCUUAAACCGAAAAUCUGUAUAUUUCAAAUAAUUUCAGUAUUGUUUGACAAAAGGGACAACACACCAAACUGAAUCGUGGCAAACAUCACCUAUCUUGGUUUCCUCCAUAUAUUUUGUUAUUUUUGUAUAAUAAUGCAGAGGAGUUUUCAAAGUGGUGGAACAUAUUUUUUUUUCUUCAACGGUUACUUUAUUCCUUCCCAUCCAUCGGAUCUCUUUUAAGAUUAACAAAGAUAUUUCGGUUUCAAACUAAAACAGUAAAUGGGGGGGAAACCCUCUAUUUCGGCACUUUACCAGCAAAACUUUUAAUUCAGAAUGUAUGGGGAAUGACCUUGUACAAUGCAAAAUAAACUGUUUAUUAACCUUUUGA